AUGGUGGAUUUGAUAGUGCUUGAGGGCAUGAAUCUACACAUUAUCUUAGGUAUGGAUUGGCUGGUCCGAUAUGGUGUGAUGCUAGAUUGUUGUAGCAGAAGGGUUUUCUUUGCUGCAAAAGGAGAAAAACCGGACAGUUUGUACUUGACGACACAAAAAUUAAAUAAGGCUCUAAAUGAGGGAGAUGCAGGAUACAUUAUCCUGGGAGGACUCGUAGGAGACUCCAAAGAACCUACUGCUAAUAUUCCGGUUGUAUGCGAGUUUGAAGAUGUAUUUCCGGAAGAAAUUCCUCAUUUUCCACCUGAGAGGGAGAUUGAAUUCUCAAUUGACUUAGUACCUGGUGUGGGGCCUAUCUCAUUGGCUCCAUACCGGAUGUCACCAGUGGAGCUAGCUGAGCUGAAGAAGCAGUUAGAAGAAUUAUCCCGCAAGAACUUUAUCAGACCAAGUGUAUCUCCUUGGGGUGCACCAGUCAUCUUCGUGAAAAAGAAGGAUGGGACUAUGAGAAAGACCACGGGUGUGGCUAGCAUGAUGAUUACAGAGUAUGAUUUGAUUGAGGAGUUCAGGGAUUUGCGAAUUUCUGUGACACCAUUUGAGACUUCAUAUUUCAUGACUACGGUCGAAGUCCGAAAUUCGUUAAUGGAAAAAGUUAAAGCGGCCCAAGUGCUUGAUGAAAGGAUCCAAAUGAUGAAAGAGAAAGAUUUUGUGUUCACCGAUGCUUCUCAUGUGAAAUACUACAAAGAUCGGUUAAUUGUCCCGAAGGGACCAAUGGUAGAAGAAGUGUUAACAGAGGGUCAUAUGGGUAAGUACACCAUCCACCCAGGUGCAACUAAGAUGCACCAAGAUUUGAAACAGAAUUUUUGGUGGUCUGGGAUGAAGAAAGACAUAGCCCAGUUUGUGAAUAAGUGCCUUAUCUGUCAGAAGGUAAAAAUUGAGCAUCAGAAGCCUUCUGGUUUGCUACAACCAUUAGAUAUUCCGGAGUGGAAGUGGAUGAGUAUAUCCAUGGACUUUGUUGUUGGAUUACCAAGAAGCCAGGCUGGAUUUGAUUCCAUAUGGGUUGUGGUUGAUAGGUUGACUAAAUCCGCCCAUUUCAUUCCAGUCAAGACGACCUUCUCCACAGAGCAGCUAGCCAAACUAUAUGUUAGAGAGAUUGUGAAGCUUCAUGGCAUUCCCAAAAGCAUAGUUAGCGAUGGGAUCCGAAGUUUACUUCACGCUUUUGGGAAGCGUUACAUGAGGCCUUUGGUACUCAAUUGA